UCCCCUCCCACCCUCAGCUCAACCACCGGCUCCCAUCUUCAUCCACCUCCAUAUCUCUCUCUCCAAUCCAUUCCUCCUCCUUGGGAGAGACCAAGCGCAACUCACCUCAACAAUGAAGGGCAGGAGGCAGAGCAUGGUGCCGGACGGGGGCUGCAGCGGCAGCAAGAUGGAGCGCAAGGACGUGGAGAAGAACCGGCGGCUGCACAUGAAGGGCCUCUGCCUCAAGCUCUCCUCCCUCCUCCCGCCCUCCUCCGCCCACCACCUCCGACACUAUUCUUCUACUUCUUCCUCGCCGCCGUCCAGCAACAAGGACGCGGCGACGCAGCUGGACCAGCUGGACAGCGCCGCGGCGUACAUCAAGCAGCUCCGGGGCCGGAUCGACCACCUCAAGCGCCGCAAGCAGGCCGCCCUCUCCGGCGGCACGGCCGGCUGCUCCUCCUCCGUCUCCGCCGGCGACUACAAGUCACAGACGGCCUCGCUGCCGGUGAUCGAGGUUCGGCACCAGGACGGGACGCUCGACGUGGCGCUGGCGAGCGAAUCCGGGCGGCCGUUCCGGCUGCACGAGGUGAUCGCCGUGCUGGAGCAGGAGGGCGCCGAGGUGGUCAGCGCCAGCUUCUCGGUCGUCGGCGACAAGAUCUUCUACACGGUCCAUUCCCAGGCGAUGUGCCCCCGCAUCGGCCUCGAGCCCGGCAGGGUCGCCCACCGGCUCCGCGGCCUCGCCGCAGCCGCAGCCGCCACCGUCUCGUCGUCGGUCCUCCUGACAUGAUCUCUUUCUUUCUUGUUUUUGCCAUGGUGACAGACCAGCCGGUCUAUUUUUUCAUCAAUCGCAGCAGCUUAGCAUAGCUUAGUACUGCUCUACUCUGCUCGUCAUUGAGCUUCAGGUCUGUCUGAAAUCUACUACUAGCGUAGUCAUGUGUACCUGCAUAUCUCCUCCUUUGUGAAGAUGUGAGACAUUUUAGCAUUCAGAAUGUUGGAUUUCUUUCUACUAACAA